AUGGAGGGAAUUCCAUGGGACCAGGUCAAGGCCGGGGAUCUGGAUGCCUUGCAGGUCGUUCUCCUCUCGAGUUCGACCUCGCGCCGGCUCCGGGCCCUGCAAGAACUCCGCGACAAGAAUGGGUCUGAAUAUACCCCCGAAACCCAUCACGAUAUCCUAGAGUUGCUUUUCCGAACCUACCCUGUCUAUGUCGAUCGACCCUCCCGCCAGGCAGUCCAGCAAUGCCUCCGCUCUCUCCUCCGCACUCACAAUGCGACCGAAUCGUUGAAAUUCCUUACCCAGAAACUGAAGGUUGAGGCAGCCCGGCCUGGUCUGGCAUCCUCAUUCGCAUUUGUGUUGUUAGAAUGGUGCUGUAUUCUCCUUCAGCAGGCCAGUGAGGACCAGAACACACCGCUGGCCAUUGUGCUAGAUCUGAUCACAGUGGAUGCCAAGGCUUUGGAAAACUGUCUCGCUCACAACCCGAAACCUGCAGUAAAACAAUCUGCUCUUCGAGUCACAAGACGUGCUUUGCGCGCCGUGUUCUCGUCCGAAGCGCUGGGUGCGGAUGCAGUGCGCCAGUCUGUCAGCCAAUUAACAACGGAUUCUACCACAGCAUACAAGAAUGCGCCUCUUCUUGGGGUCAUAAGCGGAGUUUGUGUACGACUAGAGGACAAGAAACCGAUUCUCGAGGAGUGCAAAAAAGCGAUAUUGGCAUUUUAUAUCAAGGAAAUCGUGAGCUCAAAAACUGUUGUGCCUACACAUGUCGCUAAUGGCAUGUCUGACUUCUUCGCCUCCUUUGUCACAUAUGAGGAUGUUGCUACUGAAUUGGUGCCUCCCAUGGAGAAGUCCAUGCUGAGAGCACCAGAGGUGAUUCUUAGCGGCGUGAUCCCACCUCUCUGUGCCUCUUUGCCAGAAGACAUUGACCUUUCGGAAUUGGUGCAAACACGUCUCUCGAAGCACUUACUUAACAGCAUGAAGUCCAAUAACCCAUCUAUCCGCCAAGGCGCAUCUGAGUCCUUCGGAUCCCUGCUCUCUCGGUGCAAAUCUGGGCCUAUGAUUUUGAAGAUCACCAAUGAAAUCAUUGGUCCUUUGAAGACCCAGAAGAUUACCGCUGCUGAGCAUCGUUUUGCAUAUGCCCAGGCUAUUGCGGCUAUUCCGCCUUCGGUGGAUGUCUCAAAAGAGAUUGUUCAAGGAUUCGGCCCCGUCUUUACACGAGAAUCUAACGAGCUUGCUCUGGAAGAGGAAAUCAAGUCUUUCAGCAAGCACCUGUCUUACCUCAUUCAAUCUAAGGUCAAGGUCAGCGACGAUGUGGCUAACUCUAUUGUCAAGGGUAUAUCCGACAAGCGAGUUCCUUUCCGCAAGAUCUGGCAAAUCAGCCUGGGAGAGGUGCUCUGGAAGUCUGACCUCGAUUCUUUGAAGAGUGCAGAAAUUGAACCCCUCGUCACCAAGUUCGUUGCUAAGAUGAAAGAUCUAUUUAGCGAGGUUGCUUCCAAUCCGCUUCCCUCUGCUUCAAGCGGUGCUUUGUCAUCGGCCUACCUUUUCCUGGCCCUGUUCCACAGAGUGUCCGAUGUUCAAGGAUCCUCUAAGUCUGCUUGGGAGGAACACGUAACGCAGUCGAUGGCAUGGAGCCCGAAGCCAUCCUUCCUGCUUAAUCCCAGAGCGUACUCGAAGCUGAGCUCCAAGGAAGAGGUUGAGUGGCUUGUCAGGGCCUUGGCUGCUGUCACGUCCGGAUCUAAGUUCACUAGCGCCGAUGAUGCAUCCAAGAUUGCUUGGGCUCAGGCCUUCAUCUAUGCAAUUGUGGCUCCUUCCGUCCCCUCAAACUCCCGAGAGACUUCUGCGGAAAUACUAUCCCAAGUUUAUUUGACAGAUGUGGCUGCUUUUGGCCACAUUUUCGUCAAUGCGCUUUGGGUAUGGAUCCGUUCUUUCCGAACUGCAGACAAGGAGUCAGCAGCCAUUUCUGCUGGCCCAGGAAGCGAACGCCUUCUUCACGUGGUUCUGAGGGCUCUUUGUCCAUCUGCUGAUGUCGUAGCAAAAUCCGGUAUCUCUUCUUCUGAUCUCCAGGCUCAGCUCAUUGACAUCCUGAUCUUGGGCCGACCCGAGUUGAUCCCCAAUACUUCCUGGAUUGCUUUGUGCUUGAGGACAGGCACUGAUCCCGGUGACCUUGUUCGUGCCCACCCUGCCAAGUGCAUUGAGCAACUGGUCCGUGUCAACGCCGACCCCGUUCAAUCAGCCACUCCCGAUGUCAAUCUCGCUAUUUGGGGCGCCGCUGCUGAGUUGGCAUUUGUUGCACCCGAUGCGAUGAUCCCGCGUCUAGUCGACCAGAUCAGGCAUGACUUGGACGGAACUCGUCUCUCCAAGUUCACUGCUACGGAUGCCGCCAUCUCGCGUACUCCCGAAGGCACUGCUUUCGUCGAUGUGCUCAGCAGCAAGUCGAAGCAGCCUACCUUUGAUAAGAGCACCAAAGACUACGACACCUUGAAGUGGGAAGAGGAGCUCCGAGCCCAACUAGCCGCAAAGAAAGGACAGGCACAGAAGAAGCUCACCCCCGAGGAGUCAUCAAAGGUCAAGGCCCAACUUGCCAAGGAGUCUAAGAUCCGAGAAGAAGUUCUAGAAGAAGUCAAGCGGAUCGAGCGAGGUGCAGGCAUUAUUCGAGGUCUCGCAACCGGCCCCGCCAACGAUGUCACAGGGUGGAUAAAUGCUGCCGUCACAUCUUUGCUGUCGCUUGCUCAGGCUGGCGCGGGGUUGUUUGUCGGUGAUGUGGUCUCUCGAGCAUUCAUUACCUGUGCCGAUGAGGUUUCCUCUCGCCUUGGAAACCUGCGAUCUUUCAUUGGUAUCGCCACCCUGCGAGCCAUUGGCAACACAAACCUCCCCUCUGAUAUGGAGUUGGAGCCUCUCGGUGAGCUUGUGACAAGAAUCCUCUACCGAUUGCGCUUUGCUUCUGAGCAGCGUCCUUUCGACACCACAUCUCUCGCCUACGUUCUUCCUCUCAUCUUCCAGGUUCUUACCCAGAACGGCAUCGAGGAAGCCAAGGGAGAAGAGGAGGGUACUCAGGUUCUCCUGGCUCUUGAAUUCCUCUCCUUCCAUUCUGGCUCUUUCGCUGAUACCCGUCUUCCUCGCGUUGAGAUCCUGAACCAGCUACUUUCCGCUAUGCAGAGAUACACCCAGCACUACAAGAUUGUCAAGGAUACUUUGAAUGACUUCUGCCGGUGCAUCUCCCCUAGCGUCAGCAGCGAGGAAUUGGAAACGCUUUUGCGGGGAACUAUCGUUGCCGAGGCUUCCGUCCGAACCACUGUGCUCCAAGUCAUUGAGGCUGAGAUCGAUUUGACCGAUCUUGACUUCUCUGAGCACAUCUGGCUUGGAUGCCACGACGCAGUGGAGGAAAAUGCUGAAAUUGCAGACACAAUCUGGGAAGACAAUGCACUUGAAGUGGAUGACACCUCAUUCAGCAAGAUCAUGAAAUACUUGGACUCCAAGGACCAUCAACUCCGAGGUGCUGCUGCCCGCGCGUUGGCCCAUGCCAUUGAAUUCGACAAGAGCAAGUUCGCGGGUAUCUUGGCUGAACUCCAAUCCAAGUACGUGGAGGAGAUCAAGCCUAAGGCUCCUGAAAAGGAUGCAUACGGAAUGCCCAAGAAGGUGGAUGUUUCAGACCACUGGGAAGCCCGCAGUGGUAUUGCGCUCGCCUUCAGCGCUAUGACCAAAGAGUUUGAUGGCGACGACGGGGUUUCCUUUUUGCGAUUCCUCAUUGAGAAGGGUCCAUUGCUUGAUGGAAACUCUCGUGUUCGUAGCCAGAUGACAGAGAGUGGUAAAUCCGUUAUCAUUAUGCGUGGCCAGUCCAAGGUCGAGGAGAUGAUGAACCUUCUCCAAACCACUUUGGAAACAUCCGAUAAAGAUACAACGACCUCUGAUUUGCUGAACGAGGCUGUUAUUGUGCUCUACGGAUCUGUGGCGACUCACCUCAAGGCGGAUGACCCUCGUCUGCAGACCGUCAUCAAGGAAUUGCUGGUGGCCCUUGACACCCCCUCAGAGUCCGUGCAACACGCUGUCUCCGAGUGUUUGCCUCCGUUGAUCAGAUCAUCUGGUUCUAAGACAAAGGAGUAUGUGGACAACCUCAUCCACCGACUCUUUAAUUCCACCGACUACCCUCAACAGCGUGGUGCCGCCUACGGUCUUGCUGCAGUCGUCUGUGGUAGGGGUGUAUCAACCUUGCGUGAAUUCCGAAUUAUGAGCUUGCUCAAGGAAGCCACCGAGAACAAAGCGCAGAAGGAGCAUCGCCGUGGUGCUUUGUUGGCGUAUGAGCUUCUUGCUCUUGUUCUGGGCCGCACCUUUGAGCCUUUCGUGAUCCAGAUUGUUCCCCAGCUUCUCGGAGGCUUCGGUGAUACCAGCAUUGGCGUUCGUGAUGCCUGUCUGGAGGCUUCAAGGGCCUGCUUCCAGAACCUCAGCUCUUACGGUGUCAAGCAGAUUCUUCCUACCCUUCUUGAUGGUCUGGAUGACACACAAUGGCGUAGUCAGAAGGGUGCCUGUGACUUGCUCGGAGCCAUGGCUUACUUGGACCCGCAGCAGCUUGCGGCCAGUUUGCCCGACAUCAUCCCUCCUCUGACUAUUGUGCUCAACGACACUCACAAGGAAGUUCGCAGCGCCGCCAACCGCAGUCUUCAACGCUUCGGUGAGGUCAUCAGCAACCCCGAGGUUAAGAGUCUGGUUGGCGUUCUCCUGAAGGCUCUUAGUGACCCUACCAAGCACACCGACGAGGCAUUGGAUUCCCUUAUCAAAGUUUCCUUCGUGCACUACCUCGAUGCCCCUUCGCUGGCCCUUGUCGCCCGCAUUCUCGAGCGUGGUCUCAGCGACCGGUCUAACACCAAGCGGAAGUCAGCACAGAUCAUCGGCAGUUUGGCCCACCUUACAGAGCGCAAGGAUCUUAUCUCGCACUUGCCCAUCCUUGUGGCUGGUCUUAACCUGGCUAUUGUUGAUCCUGUUCCCACCACUCGUGCCACUGCAUCCAAGGCUCUUGGUUCGCUUAUUGAGAAGCUUGGAGAGGACGCUCUGCCCGAUCUUAUUCCCAACCUCAUGGCUACUCUCAAGUCUGAUACUGGCGCUGGUGACAGACUUGGAUCUGCUCAAGCUCUUUCGGAGGUUCUCGCGGGUCUGGGUACUACCAGGCUUGAGGAGACUCUGCCUACCAUCCUCCAGAACGUGUCCAGUCCCAAGGCUGCUGUUCGUGAAGGCUUCAUGACUCUGUUCAUCUUCUUGCCUGCUUGCUUCGGUAACAGCUUCGCCAACUACCUCAGCAAGAUUAUUCCCCCUAUUCUUGCUGGUUUGGCUGAUGACAUUGACGCUAUUCGUGAGACUGCUCUCCGCGCCGGUCGCUUGCUUGUCAAGAACUUCGCCCACAAAGCCAUUGACCUGUUGCUUCCCGAGCUGGAGCGUGGUUUGGCGGACGAUAGCUACCGCAUUCGUCUCAGCUCCGUCGAGCUGGUCGGUGAUCUCCUCUUCAGUCUUACUGGAAUCUCUGGUAAGAGCGAAGACGAGGAAGAAGAGGAGGAAGUCAACCAGGCCGGUCAAUCCUUGCUGGAGGUUCUCGGAGAAGAGCGCCGCAACAAGGUCCUUUCUGCCUUAUACAUCUGUCGCUGCGAUACCUCUGGCCAAGUCAAGAGUGCCGCUCUCGGUGUCUGGAAGGCGCUCGUUGCCUCUCCCAAGACCCUCAAGGACAUGGUGCCUACGCUAUCUCAGCUCAUCAUUCGCCGUCUUGGAUCUACCAAUAUGGAGCAGAAGGUUAUUGCCAGCAACGCUCUUGGAGACCUCAUCAAGAAGGCUGGAGAGUCUGUGCUCAACACAUUGCUGCCGCUGCUUCAAGAUGGUCUUCAGACUUCGCCCGACGUGGACGUCAAGCAGGGUAUCUGUAUUGCUCUUCGUGAGCUCAUCACUGCCGCCUCCCCCGAUGCCCUGGAGGACUUUGAAGAAAUCCUCAUCGCCACUGUUCGCGUGGCUCUCGUCGACAACGACGAGGGUGUGCGUGAAGCUGCCGCCGAGGCCUUCGACUCCUUGCAACAAAUCCUGGGCAAGCGGGCUGUGGACCAGGUCCUGCCUUACCUUCUUCAUUUGCUGAGAAACGACGGGGAUGCUGAACAGGCCUUGUCCGCAUUGUUGACACUUCUCACGGAACAGACUCGCGCGAACAUCAUCCUGCCUAACCUCAUCCCCACCUUGCUCACGCCACCAAUUUCUGCUUUCAACGCCAGAGCCUUGGCAUCUCUGGCCGAGGUGGCUAGCUCUGCCAUGACAAGGAGACUUCCUACCAUUCUCAACUCUCUCAUGGAUGGCAUCAUCGAGGCUACCGACGAGGAUCACCGGACAGAGCUCAGCACUGCCUUCGACACAGUCCUGGUGUCUGUGGAUGAGUACGAUGGCCUGAGCGUUGGCAUGAACGUGAUGAUUGCUCUUGUCAAGCAUGACGACCACCGCCGUCGCGCUGCUGCGGCUGUCCAUCUGACCAAGUUCUUCGCGGAAGCCGAAGUAGACUUCUCGCGCUACUACCAGGACUUGAUCCGCGCCUUGCUGAUAUCAUUCGACGACUCAGACCAGGAUGUUGUCAAGUCGGCAUGGACUGCUCUUACCGGCCUCAUGGCUCACAUGCGCAAGGAAGAGAUGGAGGCAUUGGCCAUUCCCACCCGCCAGAUUCUGCGCCAGGUUGGUGUGGCUGGUGCGGAUCUGCCCGGAUUCAGUCUGCCCAAGGGUAUCAUGGCUAUCCUGCCGAUCUUCUUGCAGGGUCUUCUCAACGGUACUACCGAUCAGCGUACUCAGUCCGCUCUUGCGAUGUCGGACAUCAUCGACCGCACUCGUGCCGAGUCAUUGAAGCCUUUCGUUACUCAGAUCACCGGUCCUCUCAUUCGUGUUGUGUCUGAACGUUCUGUGGACAUCAAGUGCGCUAUCUUCUACACGCUUAACAAGUUGCUGGAGAAGAUCCCAUUAGCUGUGAAGCCAUUCUUGCCCCAACUCCAGCGUACUUUCGCUCGUGGUUUGGCCGAUACUACCAGCGAGACUCUGCGCAACCGUGCUGCCAAGGGUCUUGGUAUCUUGAUUACCCUGACGCCCAGAGUCGAUCCCCUUAUUGCUGAACUUAUUGCCGGAUCCAAGACUCCCGAUGUCGGUGUGAAGAACGCCAUGAUGAAGGCUCUCCAGGAGGUUGUUGGAAAGGCUGGUGGAAACAUGAGCGAGGCAUCCCGACAAGCAAUCCUUGCUCUGAUUGAUGAUGACUCUAGCGACCAGACUGGUAAGAUUAUUAUCUUUGAUUUUCGUACGUUGAGAUUUACUAACGCAUCCAUAGAUUCUGUUGCCAUCACCAACGCACGUCUCCUUGCUGCGCUCGUGAAGGUUCUUCCUGCCACAAGCUCUGUCCCUCUUAUUAAGAACCGUAUCCUCGGCGCUUCGCUCUCUCAUGCCUCGAUUCUCGGUCUCAAUGCUCUCUUGGCUGAGUGUCCCGAGGUUCUGCUAGAACACUUCUCUGCCGAACUGCCCACUUUCAUUUGCCAAGCGAUUGCCAACAAGGAUCCCUUCAUCUCCGACAACAGCGCCCUUGCCGCAGGCAAGUACCUUUUGUCGAACGAUGGCGACCACGCCUUCGAGUCAAGCAAAGCCAUUUUCGAAGCAUUUGUGCCUGCUAUCCAGGUUGGCAGCCCAUCUGACACUCGUCGUUUGAGCUUGGUGACUAUCCGAACCGUCAGCCGUCUCCACCCGGAGCUGAUCCGUCCUCAUCUGGCCCUUCUUGCGCCGCCCAUCUUCGCCAGUGUCCGUGACCUGGUGAUCCCCGUCAAGCUGGCGGCCGAAGCAGCAUUCUUAGCUAUCUUCUCUGUGGUUGAGAGUGAAAGCGAGGUGUUUGACAAGUACAUGGCCGGUCCGGGUGCAUCUCUACCACCGGGUCCCAAGCGCAGCAUGUCUGAUUACUUCAAGCGUAUUGCUAUUCGUUUGGCUAACCAGGCGCGUGAGCGUCGGGAGGCUGAAGGUGGUGAAGGUGGAUUAGGAUUGUCAAAUGAUGAGGUGGAUGAUGAGAAGGAAUUGUGGAGCAUUGGCAAGGUUGAUCUUGGAGAAGGCAUUGGAGAAGAGUGA